UUGGGAAGCUUCCAAAGAGGAUGAUUAGAGUUUGGGAUCCAUACAUCUCUUCACCUUGUCCUAUUCACCUUUGCUUAGUUACUAAGUCCCAGAUUUCCACUAACUUAAUACUUGACACUUUCUUUCUUCCAAUCCAAUAAUAAUACAAAAUCCCAAAUUCCUGCUUCAGUCAAGAAACAAGAAAAAUGGGUGAAAUUGAUAAUGGGAAGUCAUCUCCUUUCCAAUUCUUGCCUGAAGGUUGCGUGUCAAACAUCAUCUCUUUAACAUCUCCUCAAGAUGCAUGCGGUGCAUCAGUCAUUUCUGUGGGCUUCAAGUCUGCUUCUGAGUCUGAUACUGUUUGGGAAAAAUUUCUUCCUUCAGAUUAUAAAGAGAUCAUCUCAAAUUCAGUUAGCCCCUUGAAUUAUGCAACCAAGAAACACCUUUACUUUCAUCUCUGUCACUCCCCAAUCCUGAUCAACAAUGGUAAACUGAGCUUCUGGAUAAGUAAAUCAACCGGGAAAAAAUGUUAUAUGCUGCGUGCAAGGGAGCUCUGUAUUGCCUGGAAGGAUACUCCAAGGUACUGGAGUUGGACAUCCCUACCUGAAUCAAGGUUUCCUGAGGUGGCUGAGCUGGUGGAUGUUUGUUGGCUUGAUAUACGUGGAAAUAUGCCAACUCGAUUGCUGUCCCUGAAGACUAAUUAUGCUGCUUACCUUGUGUUCAAAACUACAGAAAACUCCUAUGGACUUGAAGCCGUAGCCAAGGCCUCGGUUAGCUUUGCUGCUACUACUGGCACCAGUAGUAGCAGUGCAGAAACUAGUGAUGUCUUUGAGCCAGAAGGCGACUCUGUCUACUUAAAAACACCUGCAUACGCACACGAUGUAAGAUAUGGACGGCGGUGGCGACAUAUGCUGCCACGGCGCAUUAGGAGGCCCCGGACUGAGGAUGAGAUUGAUGGCCGCGUUCCACGUCAGAGAAACGAUGGAUGGCAGGAGCUUUUGUUGGGAGAAUUUCUCAACGAUGAAGGCGAUGGGGACAUCGACAUAAAAGUUUCAGAAACUAAGAUUCUCAACUGGAAAAGAGGCCUCAUUCUUGAGGGAAUUGAGCUUCGACCCAAGGAAGAAGUGUGAUAUUCUGAGUCAGCAGUAAAACUUUCUGACUAAUGAAUGAUGUUACUGGGGAAUAUGUGUAAAUGAGAAUGAAAGUGAAUACAGAAUAUGGUAGUGGGGUAUUGUGUUUACAUCUUCUUCAGCUUCUUCUUUAUCACAAUGCAACAAAAGCAUGAUCUGAAGGAUUUUGUUCGAUUACCAUUUGGUUUCUUUGUCAAAUCUGAGCAUUCACUUUGGUUGAAUGAUAAAAAAGUUGUGACAGCCACUGAAGUUUGUAGUAAACGCCGAAAGUUUUUGUCUGAGCC